AUGAGAGACAUGACUUUAAAUGAAGAUGAGGACUCGACACCGAAGGCGAAGGAGCGGCCGCUUGCCGUGGAUCUGGGAGUUUUGUAUCCCAAGUUACCUUCCGACUGGUACGAGAACGACCGGUAUUGGGUCCUUGGAUGGGACGCCAACCAUCCACGCCUUAAGGCGUACGUGGAGGACAACAGUCCUCCAGAUAUCGCCGAGGACAUCCCCUACUACAUCCGCGUCUUGGAUCUCCUCGAGUGGAGCACACACUUUCGCCCUAUCCAGCUCUGCACUGUCUUGCCAGACGACGCACCGAUCCCACCGCUGACGGGCAAGGAUGAGGUCCCGCGGAUCAUGCUCGUCGCCAUCUGCUUCACGGCCAGACUCCACCUCUACAAAAGGCGGCCGAGCAAGGAGCAAUAUAAAUGGCUCAAACAGCUGUUCGGAUGCCGGCCGCGUUGGUAUCGGGAUAGCUUCCCCAAGAACGAGUUCCACCUGCAUCUCAUCGAGUAA